AUGAAUGAUUUAGCUGAUGUGGAGGAGACCAAAGAAGAAGUAGAAGGUGUCAAUGAGCUAAAAGAAAUAGAAAGAGUGAUGGAGGAGGAAAUUCUAGUUUGGAAUCAGCCUAAACCGAAAGAAGAUGUGAAGCUCACAAAGCCUCGAGCAUCAACCACCAUGAUAUUUGAAGUGUUUGCAUUCACUACACCCAAAGUCGAAUUUGAGGAAACCAUUAUAUAUGAAGAUCUUGGUGACAAAGAAGAGAAAAGAAAUAGUUUAGAAUUUACACUUGACAUGAUGUGGAAGUAA